CAUUACUUCGUUUUGAAGAUUCUAAAAUGCCCGUGUAUGGUAGUGCCAAAGGGACAGAAGCCAUUCAACUAGGUCGUGACCUUCCUCCAGAAAAACGGCUUGAUCUCUAUGAAUUUGAGCUUGAAAAUGAUGAAAAUGAAGUUCCUGCGAAGAAGUUCAAGAAAAGGAAACCCCGUGAAAAGCGAAAAGAAAUUAAAUUCUUUGAAAAUAUUGGGAAAAAAGUCCCUCCCCCCUCAAAGCCAAAAAAAAUUGCUAAGAAGUCCCCUGAAGAAGUAUCAAAAAGAGUCCUUCCCGACAGAAGGGCUCUGCGCACAAUUAUUCCUGCAGAAUCUACUCAUUUCAUCUCCAGUUCUUCAAAAAAUAGUACACGAUGUCCAAAUUUGUCGUCUAAAUGGGAAUUAUCGCACAGCGUCUUAUCCACUGCUGCCUCCGAUAAAAGCCUCAGCAGCAAUACAAUUUCAGGCCUGUCAACUUCCAGGAGUGUUAAAACGAAUGCACGGAAUCACUCCUCCAACAAUAGUUUAUUUUCUCUCAAAGAUGUCGCACCCCCUUUCACUCAAGGUUCAUCAACGCCUCUGUCAGAGUCCGAAAACAUAGACCAUCAAAUCUCAUUCAACAAUUUAAGUGAAUCUGUCAUCUCCAACAAGAGCUCAAUCAGAACAAGUCCAUUUGCUAAUAAUUUUAAGGUACCAACCUCAGUCACUGUACGCAGUUUGAGACCUCGCCAGAAAAAGAAUAUGGCUCCACAUAGUUCAUCACCUAAAGCAUCAAAUAUCCAAUGUUCCUUCCGGAAUGGAGGGGAACAUCCUCUUUCUUCCUCACCAAACAUCAUUGAAAGUCCUAAUAGAACUUUACUUUUUGGUGCCACCUCUCCAAUUGCAAAACCAAACUCAGCAUCUCUUGCCAUGUUAUCUAGUGGAAGUGGAGUUUACUCUCUGGAUGAUGCAGUCGGAUCAGUAGAAUCUUUAGACUCUCUGGAUAAAUCUUACGGUGAUGAAACCUGUUUGAUUGCUGGCAAGGAAAAUAAUUCGUACUUCUCGGUUGGUGAAGAGGACAUCUGCCAUUAUUUUGGUUUUGAAGAAACGGAAGAAGAAGGAGAAAAGGUAAACCUUUCUCUGAAGUCCAAAAAAAAUUGUACAAAUGAUCCAAGAACGAGAAACUCUGAAAAUGUUCAGGGAAAAAUAAAAUGCCAGAAAAUGGAAUUUCAAAAUGACACUUGUGAAACGGCUGAAAAACCAUCCAUUGGUCAAGUUCUAUUAUUAUUGAAAUCGAGUGUCGCAACAGACCCAGCCCCUCUUGAAUGCGAAUCGGAGCUCUUUGGUUUACCAACCUACAUCUGGUCACCCUUAAAAUCGCAGCAGUGUGAAGAAACAGAGGAUGCCGUAGAGAAGCCUGCUGCCAAUAAAAAAUGUGGCAGAAAACCGAAAUUCAUCAUCGACAAGGCAACAUCAACUGCUUUGGCCGGUGAGAAAGACAAAGGGGACCUGGGGAAAACAUCUAGAAAAGAAAUAACUUUUCGAGCAGAGGAGAAUCCAACGAAAGGCCUCAACAUGAACCAUUCAGCAAUGGAGAGUUGCUCAAAACUGACUGCAACUGAUGAUGAAAAACUAGGAAAUCUUGACGAGACUUUCGAUAGUGAAAACAAAGUGUCAAAUAUCGUCUAUAAAAUUCCAAAACGUGGGAAAGAAGCAAACAAACUGCUGAAAGAGAAAAAAGAAGCAGAGGGGAGUAAGAAAGAGAUGGAUGAAUUUGAAGCUUUGGCUGCCUAUUUAAAUUCUCAGUUUCAAGAAAUUGAUCAUUUCCAACUUGCUGUCGAAUGACUUCCUCGCCUUAAUUCUUAGCGGCAAAGUUAAGUAGCAAAUUUCAAAGAAAAAGUCAGUCUGUCAAUCAAAUUUUGUUCUGAGGAAAAAAUACUUGUGAAAUUAAUAGGUAUUAUCUCCUGGUAAAAUUAAUCAUCCAGUUGAAAUUAACUACGGUGUUGUGAAUUCACAUAUAUAUUCAACUGAUUUCAAUGCAAAGACAAUGCACCGUUAUCAAGUCACUCUGUGCGAAUUAUGAUAAGACAUACAUUGGACAUUUUGAAGAAUCUUUCCCUUCUUUGGAAACUUUCCGAGGAAAGCUCCCAGAAACUUUCCUGAGAUGGAAACGAAGUGUUGCUGACAAUUCCUGGAACAAGUUCCUAUUUCUGCUUAGAUUUUUAGUUGAACAUCAUAAAACUCGUUAGAAGCUGUUAUUCUUUCACUGAUGGCAAUCAGAGUGAGUUGGUGUUACUUCAGCUUCCUUCUGAGAAUAAUAUAUGAGGCACUUUGUAUCAAAACCUGCGAUCUCCUUUGUGCUGUCUAAAAAUUUGGCAAUCACUUUCACUUACUCGUAUUAUAAAGAGAGUAGGUAAGUUUCUAUUCGCAUACUUUCUCAAGAAUUUUCCAUAUAUUCGUGAGGAAAUUAUGACAGUAUUUCAUGCAUAAAGUCUAAUCGAUUAAUCCUUUUUAAAAAUUGCAUAAAACAUCUGCCAAUUUUUUAGAUGUUGCAAUGGAAAUUGCAGGUUUUGAUACUAGGUGCCUUGGAUCCCACUUACUCUCACUUGACCCUCAUGUCUUCCUAUCAAUCUCCUUCUGUAAUUCAACUUCAGGCAUCAAGUGUAAUUUACUGUGUAUCUCUACUGAACGUAUGUAAAACUGCAUGAGUAGUUCAUAUUAGCACUAAAAUUGGAAAAGAAAGCUAUCAUUUUACAACUUUCAGAAUUAGAGGAAGUUAAUAGUUUCUAGGAUUCAAGUGAAAGAAAGAGAGAUAAGUCAUCUAUGAGUGGUUCUGUAAAUCAUCUGGUUGUAGAAUGAAGUGACGUACCUAAUUAUCAUAAGUAUAAAGGCACGACCUACAAAGAGAUUUUUAUCAUUUUGUCCCCCAUUUUGGUACUGCCCUUCUUUCAAAUUUCUCUCAAUCUGGAAGUUGAAGCUUUUAAAUUGCUCACUCACCAAACCCCUCAUUUUCCUCCCAGAAUCAGUGCUUCACCUGCUGAUUAGAUGCCACUCCCCUGAAGCUCAGGAAAUGCUGCCUUGAAUGUGAAAAAGGCCAAAAAAAAAAGAGAAAAAAAAAAAGACUGAUUUAGUACCUAAUCCAUUCACUGUGCUGUCAUGCUGUGGAGGUGUCAGCGCAAACCACUGUACAGGAAUUCCCAGAAAAUGAUUGGGUCCUGAAAUAGUCCUCACACUUCAUCAGUUACACAUAAACACCUGACGAUGGAAAAACAAGAUUAAAAAAAGAAUCAGAACACCAAUUGCCAAUCAUUAGCCUGUGAGUAUACAAGAAUUCAAACUUUUUAUUGAAGAGACUUGUAUAUUAUCUGUGUAUUGUAACUUAGAAUUACAUAUUGUAUUGUAAUUUAUUUUAUCUUAUUAUUCAUGAAAUACCUAAUUUCAAGUAUUCAUCUAAAAUUUGUCUUAUGCAAACUUUCCGCUCGGAGAUAAUAAGACUUGUUUGUGUACUAUUUUUUUAUACAACAUUAUUUUCCAUAUAAAAUCAAUAGUAUAAAUACGUAAGUCAAAA